AUGGAGACGUAUCGUCGAUUAGAAGAGCUAAAAGAGAGUAUAGGACGGGAUUUUCGAGGUAAGCAUGUUUAAAACAAUACUCGUGUGUAGCUUAAUAUCUUAAUUAAGUUUUAGUUUAAGCUUAAUUUUUUUUAAAUUUGAUUGUCGUGUGAACUUAAGUGUAAACUUGAUACAGUUUACAUUAGGACUCCUUCAACUCUGUUGGUAAGUUCAACUUUUAAGUUGAUUUAAAAAUCGAACAACAUGCAUUUUGUUCCUUGCACGUAUCAGAUCUUGAGGAGAGGUGUAGUGAUGCAGAAAACAAGGUCCAGUGUCUGGAGAAAGCAAACAGUGCGGCAAAGGAAUUGUCGAGUCAGCUUCAAAGUGAAAAUGCGAGGUAUUAUUAAGCUUGUAAUAAUCUUAUAAGGUCUUGGGGCGGAUCCAGGAUUGUUUUUAGGAGGGGGUGCACUCGUCUCUUGCUCUACUUCAACACCAAUAAACCACAUAGUUUUUUUUUUGCAGAACACCAGUUGUAUUAGAAAACCGCAGGUCAUCUCGGGGAAGGGGGGGUGCGCACCCCCUGCACCCUCCCCCUAGAUCCGCCCCUGAGGUCUUCCAAACCUCUAGCAUAAGCUUUUCUGUUAUGUUUCUUUAUUGGUUUCCCUGUGCACUUACUGACAUUUCCAUUGCUAUAAGCUAAUAUUAUUUUUGACAAAACAGAUUUUAAGGUUACUUUCACUCAUAACAAGAUACUAGCUAACUGCCUUGAUGCUGCUGGACCUUACCAAAACUCUUAGGCCUGGCCUUAGCUAGGCUCAGUCUCCAGCCUUGGGUGUCUUGAUGCCCCCACAGUACUUGCAGGCAUAGCAUGGAGACACCCAAGGCUGGAGACUGAGCCUAGGCUUUAGCCUGCUCCCCAAUCCCCCUCCCAUGCCCUUCUGAUCUCCUAGACCCCUGGUUUUCAUGUGCAACCCUAGCACUAAUGCAUUCAGCAAAUCAGGGCAAAUGCAGAUGCAAACAAUAUUCACACACUUAAGGUAAACAGAAGGAAAGUACUAAGAUUUGCAUGUGUAAUCCAAGUCUUUCCCCCUGAGACAUGCUGGUACAAUUAUGUAUGGAACUGAUGGAACCUGAGUAUAUGUUUUUUACCUUGUAUUUGCACUUGCUUUGCGUUACCUGGUUCACACAUUCAGAAUGCAAAUGCAAGGGGAACUGCAAGGGUAAGAAAGUAAAACGUUUUCCAUUUCUUGCAUUAUUACUGGUUCUGCUAGUGCUUGUUUUGUAUUUGCAUGUGCAUUUGCAUCACGCUUGUACGAGAUCCAGUCAUUAGCUUUUAAUUGCUCUCCUCUUCCCAUAAUGAUCCACACUAAACUUACCCAUCCCACCUUCCAUGUCCAGCCUCAUGUACGCAAUGUUUAGUUGCCACAUGUGGGGGAUUUAAUUUGUGUUUUUAGUCUUAAAAGGCACCUUGCAAACUUGCAGAAAGAACUUGCAUAUAAGGAUGAAAAACUAAAAAGGUAAGCUAGAGCACCAAGUUCUUACAAAGGAACUUUUCGUCACUGUUGGAUGUAUAUGUUACAGCACAAAUUUGAUUUUAGGUUAAUUAUGAUUUAACCUAGGUUGAUUCAUGUUUCCCUCUAUCUCAUAGCCCUAGAGGACAAAGGAAGUUAAGAAUCAACCUUGAUUAAUUUUUUUUUUUUUGGAAAUCAAAUUUAACCUGUAACAUAUAUAACAAAACCGUUAGAAAAUAACUUAAACCCCUGUGACCAAAACAUGGCUUUCAUCAUUAAUUUUAUAAGAAUUGUAAAUGUAUCAAUCAGUAAGUAUUAAAUGAAUUCGUUCAAUUUGAAGUUGCUGAAAGCUUCCUUUCAAAGUCAGGUGUGCAUCCAGUUGGAAAUGCAAUAAAGUUAAAUUAAUUUUUGCAUGUGAGUUAUUGAUAGGCACUAGAACUAUCUUUCAGAGGCUAAAUGUGAUUAUUGGAAUUUCCUCUUGAGGUCAUCAUUUUUACAUUUUCUACUGAUGAAUAGACUGUGAUGUUUACAUGAUCAUCCAAACCACACAAAGGUCUAGCUACUGACAAGGCAAAGGCAAUACCUUCUUCUAAUCAUUUAUCCUUGUUUAUCUUUUUUUUAAUUUAUUUUACUCCAUUUCCAGGGUAAUAUGACAAUUUCUCGGAAGCCACUUUAAGUAUCUUUAAUUAUUUGGUACAUUAAUGACUGUGUCACAUUCCCAGGCAAGAAACUUUGAAUAUUCGGACCCCAAUUAAAAGCAUUAUUAUUAUAUAUUGAUCAUUAGUAUUGUUAUUAUUAUUAUUAUUAUUAUUAUUAUUGUUAUCAUUAUCAUUAUCAUCAUCAUCAUUAUCAUUAUUAUUAUUAUUGCUUUUCUCAACUCUGUGUGUUUAAGUGUUGUUAUUAACCCUACAGGAAGACUGAAGACUUAUCCAAAAUGGACUGCUGGUGGAGCCGCUUUCGUCUAGCAAGUGAGCGUAGAUUCAAAGGUAUGCACAACACCUUGCUGCCAAUUUCAAACUGGGCAUUGAUUUUUCUUUAAACUUAAUUAUUCUGAAAAAAGUCUCCUCUUUUACUAUCAAACUUUACCUGGACUUGUUACAGUCAUCUGUUUAUGUAACAUAAAGAAAAAUUUAAAAAAACAAAUGAAUGUUUGUACUUGUCUAUUUUUUGACAGCAAUGAAAAAUCAUGGGAGCUUCCCACCUCACAUUCUUGAAGAGUUUGUUCAUAGGGAUAUUGAUGAGCAGAUGUAA